AGGCUGAAGGCCCUUCGCUGCGGACGAGGGGCCAGGCAGUGAUGAGGGAGCAGAGCGAUGAGCUUGGGAGGGACGGGCUCUGGGGAGCAGGGGCGGGACAAUGAGCUGAAGAGAGAGAAGCAAGGCUUAGCCUGAGGGAGAGAGCCUGGAACGCCCCCCAGCAGAGAGGGCGCCCUAGCCGCCGGCGAGGCCCGUCUCGCUAUGAUCCCCGAGAAGAUGCGGCAGCUGCUGCCAGAGGUGGAGCUGGAUCCCAGCGUUAUCUCCGUCCUGCUCUGCAGCUCCACCGUGGCCUUCCUGGUGCUCAAGUGGAUGGUGAAGAAGCUGGUGCAGCAGAAGAUGUGGGAGGCAAGGAGGAACCGAGUGCGCGCCCUGGGACAGAUGGAAGAAGCUGUCCAGCAGUUCAAACAAGAGAACCCAGAGGUACAGGCCAGUCGCAUCCUCUCUCUGCCGCUUGUUGAGCUGGUCAAGAAACUGAAGGAAGAUUCCCUGUCACCAGAGAGCGUCCUCUACACGUACAUGGACAAGGCCUUAGAAGUGAACCGGGAUGUGAACUGUGUGACGGAUUUUAUUCAGGAGUGUGUGCACCUGCUCCAGGAAGUGAGGACGCAAAGGGAGAAAGGAUUGUUGUAUGGAGUUCCCAUCAGUAUCAAGGAUCCCAUUGGAUACGAGGGUCACGUCUCCACCUGUGGCUUGGGACAGUACCUCGGCUACCCGGAGCGAGAGGACAGCGUCUUAGUGAAGGUGCUGAAGAAGCAGGGGGCCAUUCCGUUUGUGAAAACCAACAUCUCCCAGUGCUUGAUCAACUACGACUGCAGCAACUUGAUCUUCGGCCAGACGGUGAAUCCGCUGAACCACAAGAAAAGCCCCGGCGGCUCCUCCGGAGGGGAGGGGGCGCUGAUCGCCGGAGGAGGGUCCGUCCUGGGCUUUGGGACAGAUAUAGGUGGGAGCAUCCGCCUGCCGUCCAGCUUCUGCGGGCUGUGCGGGCUCAAGCCGACGGGCAACAGGCUGAGCGGUCCUGUCAGUUACGUCCAAACAGGUGAGCCAUUUCUUCAACGACCUUCUCGGUCUGAACCUCUGGCAACAGAUAUUAACCACGUUACAGGAAUGGUUGGGCCAAUGGCGAGGGAUGUGGACAGCCUGGCUCUGUGCAUGAGAGCACUCCUGUGUGAUGACAUGUUCCGCCUGGACCCCACCGUGCCACCCCUGCCCUUCAACGAGGCGGUGUACUCCAGUUCCACCCCUCUUCGGAUCGGGUACUAUGACACAGACGGCUAUUUCCUGCUACCUCCUUGCAUGAGACGGGCUGUGCAUGAAACCAGGACGUUGCUGCAGGAGGUUGGACACACACUGAUCCCGUUCGUCCCCCCACGGAUCGACUACGUCAUGAACGAGCUCUUCAUGAAGGGCCUGUUUGCCGAUGGUGGCGCUGCUUUGCUUGAGAAAUUUGAACUGGACACUGUGGAUCCCAACUCCUGCUCCCAGAUCAAUUGCUACAGACUCCCCUUUCUCCUGAAGAAGAUUCUGGCUUUCCUCACCAAACCCCUGUUCCCUCGAUUCUCCAGUUAUUUGAAUGCACUGUGUGGAGUGUGGUCGCCGAAAGAAUUCUCGGAGCUGCAUGCUGCAUUGAUGAUAUACCGACGGGAAUUCCUCUCCGGAUGGAGAAACCUGGAUCUGGAUGUCAUCCUGUGUCCUGUGUUAGGCCCUGCCUUCACCCUGGGGUAUCCUGGGAGACUCAUUGCUGCUGUUUCUUCUACCAUGUUGUACAACGUCUUAAACUUCCCUGCUGGGGUUGUGCCGGUCACCACGGUUACGGAGGCUGAUGAGGAAAAUCUGAAGCAUUACACAGGGCACUACGGUGACCCCUGGGAUAGGAGACUGAGACAGGCUGUGGAAGGAGCCGUGGGGCUGCCCGUGGCGGUGCAGUGCGUGGCUCUGCCGUGGCAGGAGGAGCUGUGCCUGCGGUUCAUGAAGGAGGUGGAGAGACUGGCCCAGGGACAGAAAAAGCAAACUGAGGAGAACUUACAGCAUGGAGGAGCCCAGGCUGAUGUGCAUACAGAGGGGCAAAGUGAUGUGCAAGCGCAAGCAUCCCGCACGACCGUGCAAACGAACAUACUAAUGGAUGUGCAAAGAACACUAGCUCAAACUGAUCUGGUCGCUGACGUGCAAACGGAUGUGCAAAAACCAGGAUCUCAAACUGAUUUGUUAGCUGACGUGCAACUGCACGGGCACCCACAGUCCUCUGGCCCUGACAUGCAACCGGGCGUGCAAACACAACUAACUCAACCUGACACUGAAACACAGCCAUGCCAACCUGAGACGCAAACACAGCCUUCCCAACCUGACGUGCAAACACAACUAACCCAGCCUGAAGUGCAACCUGACGUGCAAACACAACUAACCCAGCCUGAAGUGCAACCUGACGUGCAAACACAGCCUUCCCAACCUGACGUGCAAACACAACUAACCCAGCCUGAAGUGCAACCUGACGUGCAAACACAGCCUUCCCAACCUGACAUGCAACCUGACGUGCAAACACAACUAACCCAGCCUGACAUACAACCUGAUGUGCAAACACAACCAACCCAACCUGACAUUGAAAUACAACCAACCCAACCUGAUGUGCACACACAGCCUUCCCAAUCUGAUGUGCAAACCCAACCUGACAUUGAAACACAACCAUCCCACCCUGACAUGCAACCUGAUGUGCCAACUGCCUAAUGAACAAGGCGCGCUCUGCCCCCCAUUAAAAUGCAGCCAGCUCUGGCCAUGGCCAUUGUUUAGCAUCACCAACGCACUUUUAUUGGGGACCAGAAGUGAAGAACACCACGUGCAGCUGAAAGGAGAAUUUACAUCAGCCGAUCCAAUUACCCACAUCUCUGUUUGAUUAGGACACCAGAGCCAACCCCCCAGCUCUUGUGAAAAGUGGCAGGGUUUGGUCAUGAGAACUACAUUUGAACUCCCCAAGUUAGCACCUCCCCUGUAGCACAGCGCCCCCUAGCACAGAACUGGGGCAUUUGUUCAACAUGGAAUCCACGAAGAGAGAAACUGAAUAAAACCCUAUUUGCA